GGAAAAAAGAAAACAUGUCCGCUCUACGGUUUCCGUUUCCGUUUCCGGCAUGCACAGCAAACAACAAGGAACAACAGUCAGAAGAAGACGAACUCAACAGUUGCCGCAUCUUGCGCUUAUUGUAGUUCCGUGGACUGACACACACACACACACACUCGAACAAUCACACACUCAUACACACAUACUCACCUAAAACAAAGCGCAUUCGCAUUGCAAUUUUGAGAAACACUUAAAUUCGCUAAAAAAAAGCAGAUAAUUCAAAAUGGGCAGCCUGCCGAAUUUGCACGAACUGGAGGAAGCGGAACGCAAGAGAGAGAAACGCCGAGAGUACGAAAUGUUGUUGGAGCAGCGUGCAAGGGACACGAGUCGUGAGCGCGAACGCUUAUCGGCAUUUGCACAACAGCGAAAGCAAUCCUCGUACAAUGCUUAUAUUAUGGCUGGCCUGGGCAUUGGCGGCAUUUGCGGUGGCGGCGGCUCGCUAAGCCUGACCGCAACGGCCAAUGGAUAUGGCAAUGGGCACAUUGAGCUGUCCAAUGGCAUAGCAAAUACAACAUCAGCUGCAGCAGCAGCGGUCACAACAGAGACAACAACAUCAGUUACAGAAACAACAGCAGCCGCAACAACAGCAAUAGCAACAGCUUCAACAGCAGCAGCGACAACAACAACAACAACGCUGAGCGGCUUCGCCAUGCUGGGGCUGGCCAGCAGCUUGAUGAGCGGCAAGAAAUAUCCGCAUUCCCAUCAUCAGCACAUGCAUCCGCAUCAGCAUCAGCAUCCGCAUUCGCAUCCGCAUCAUCAGCAUCGACACUCGCUGACCACGCGGCAUCGCGUGCUGCGCACUCGGACACGCAGCUCGGGCGGUCCGCAAAAUGUUUGGGACGAGCAACUGAUGGAGCAUCUGACUGCCCACUCGCCGUCUCCGAUCUCGACGCGCUCGCAUCGCAUCAAUCCGGUCUCCUCGUACCAGGUGCAGGCGGCAUUGGCGGCAUCGCGACGUCGCGAAUCGAUCAACAGCUCCAUUGGAGCCACCUCGAUACGCCGCCUGAUCACCCUGAACAAUCGCAACUGCCGCCACAAGGUGCCCGCCCACGUGCGCCAGAGGGUGUGGCGGCAAUUCACCUGCCUGAGCAUCGCCCACGGCCUGAUGAGCGCCGUCCUGCUGCCGGUGAUGGCACUGCAGGGCUCCAGCUCCGUCUGGCAUCAUCGCGAGCAGUGGCUGGCCAUCGGUCCGAACAUUGGCUCCCUGCUGCUGGGCGCACUCUUUCUGAUCGCUGCCUGCAUGAGUGUGCCGGGCAUAAGGCUGAUCCGGAGAUUCGGCUACACCCCGCUGCUGGCUGGGAACUGUUUGGCGGUGACCUUGUUCCUGCUGUCGCACCUGUACGCCUCCAUCUAUACGCUGCUGCCGGCAUAUUUGCUGCUCGGCUUCAUGCUGAGCGCCGCCAACAGCUGCAAGGCGGCGCUGAUUGUCCACUAUGGCGGGAAGCUGAGCUGCUCCCAUGAGCAGGAGUGUGCGUCGGAUGCAUUGCUCGAGGAGCACAAGAUGUUCUGCAAUCGAGAUCAGAAGGUGCGCCGUUUGGCCCGCUGGCUACGCGCCGCCCAGGAUCUGGGCCUGAUCGUGGGCGCUCUCCUGGCCUCCAUGCUGCUCGCCUGCAAUGCCAACGAUUGGAGCUGCUCGGCGGGCAGCGCCGAGGCAAGCAGCAAUGCCCGCAAUGGCAGCCAAUUGCCCACCACCAACUGGCCCCAGCCGGAGGACUUCUACAACCGGAACGAGCACGGCGAACGCAUCUGUGGCGCCGACAUGUGUCCCCUGCAGCUGGCCGUCAGCUGGUUCGCUGCCAAUGAUACGGACGCCAUCUAUGCCGGCUUCAUUGAGAGCGGCUCUCGUGCUGGCGGGCAAUCGCUGCUCUGGCUGUAUGUGGUGCUCUCGCUGCUGGCGCUGCUCCUGUCGCUGCUGCAGGGUCGACAGGUCCUGGUGGCAGCCGGCCGGCCUGAGCGCUCCUACAAGGAUGUCACGGACACGCUGCUCUUUGCCGGACCCCUGGCCUACUUCGUGGGCACCGAACAGGGCUAUAUGCUGGGCGACUUUCUGCGCGCCUUUGUCUCCUGCUCCCUGGGCAUCAGCAUGAUUCCGGGCGCCCUAAUCGGCAUGGGCAUAAUGCAGCUGAUCGUCUCCUGCACGCUGAGCAUGCUGCUCCGGCAUACCAAGCGCAUCGUGGUCAUAUUGGCCGGCUUCUUCUUUCAUUCGUGCUUGCUGCUGGCGCUGUCCAGCUGGAAGCCCUCGAGCGAUGACAGCGCCCUCUUCUAUGUGAUAGCCGCCUCGUGGGGCGCCUGCAAUGGCAUGUGGGAGACGCUGCUCCUCUCGCUGGUCACCCUCAACCAUGUCCAGCACGAUCAUGUGACGGACGUGACGGCGCCGCUGCAAUCGUUGCGCUUCCUCGGUCUGGCCAUCACGUUUGCGGCGCACGGCUUUCUCUGCGAAUCGGUGAAGAUCAUUGCGCUCGUUGUCCUGCUCGUGAUCAGUGUGCCGCCGUAUGCGAUGCUGGAGAUACGCCUGGAGGCGCAGCGCAAGGCGACGCUGAUCAGCUUAUGACGCAGCUACUUCAGCUAGUCCCGGAGCCGGGGCACUGUGGCACGCACGCACACCAUGUAACGCUGGUGGCGUCGUAUCGCAGGCUGACUGAUUGACUGACUGAAUGACUGACUGACUGACUGACUGACUGACCGAUCGACAGGAUCAUCAGCUGAAAUGCCCCAUCCAAAACGGAGCCACGAUGCAUGCGAGUUCUGCCAAUGCAACAGUAUUCAAAGAGACAUAGAAGGUGAGACAGGAGAGAGGGAAGGGCAGGAUAGAGAGAGAGAGAGGAGAGAGGGAGGCAAGAGAGAGAGAGAGAGAGUCGAGAGAGUGGAAAAGCUUGUCAAAGUUAAAUUUCAGUCGCGCUCUUAGUCCAAGUCCAAGCAUUGUCUAUAUAUCAAUAUACAUAUAUAUACAUAUAUCCUAUACACACACACACACACACACUCAUAGAAUGUUCCAAAUCUUUACCACGAAAUUUGGACUAAGCCACAGUCCAGAGCCUAACGUAUCGUAGUUCAUCUAUUUAGCAUAUUAGAGGCGUUCUUCUCUGUCUAUUUGCCAUGGAUAAUACUUAGGCCUAGCUUCGAGAAUUAUAUUGGAUAUUACUAAGUGACUAUUUUGUGCCAUCAAAACUAAAUAUUUACACGCGUAUUAACUCUAUUCCUCGAUGUAUGUAAAGCUACGUCUAAAACUAAC